UUCGCAGUGACAAAAUUGGCAGGUUGUGCAACCGAGAUAUCUGAAAAAUGAUUCAGCAACAAUGCUCUAGAGUUGCCAAACAAAUGUGGAAGCCACUGCCCUCUUUUAUGCACAAGAGAGGGAUUCAUAGUCGUAACAAAAAGGCAAUGGAACUAGUGGCAAAAGGGUGGAGUGCUCUACAGGAAGUAGAUAGGGUUAUCGACUAUGCCGAUCGGAAUGACACUCGCCUCAUCCCGCAACUCAGAGGUGCAAAGGAGAACUUUGAAUUGGCUCUUGAGAUUGACAACAUGAAUACUCAUGCACGAUACUGGUUGGCCAGGAUGCACUUUAAGUACCAUGUUCCUGGGGCUUGUAAAGCAAUGUGA